AUGGCAGCUCCCCGGGCAUCCUCGUUCAAGGCUUUACGCAACCUCCAACGCGCAGCCGGGUCGGGUCCGGCCAAACGCGGCCUUCACAUUACAGGGGUCCACGCCUCGCCGAGGCCCAUUGACCCAACACACAAGACAACCUACAUGCCGUGGAAUCUGCAAGAUCUCCGUCAAGAAUGCCAGAAGCGCGCGCUAUCAGCCUCGGGCACAAAACAUGAGUUGAUCGACCGCCUUGCAGGCCAUGACAGUCUGCAGGCAAGGGCUUUCUCCAUAGCCAUCAAACGGAUUGCCAUCGAGCAGACCAAGAAGCCUGUGUCGGGUCCAUCGGAGACCGCUCCUCAGCGACACUUUAACACUUCCCGCGCACUAAAGGCGGUCCACGAUAACUCAACGAUUGAUUUUGCUUACCUGCCCCGGUUGUAUGACGAGCCGUACGGGCCUUCCCCAGCCGCCAUUCGAGUUCCCAUUCUGCCAGACAUCAAUUCGGAGAGCGCUGAAGCAGUAUUGGACAAAUACCCUGAGCUCGACGCUGCCGCGGGCGGAUAUCAAGACACCCAGGGCCACGAUACGGUCAUGAAGCCAGAGAUUGUAGCAGUGGACGAUGCAUUGGGAAGUCCAGCAAGUGCUCUGAGCGAUGUGCACGAUGGCCAUCAUGCAACGGAAAUGUCGGUCGAGCAGCUCACUGCAUUGACUGAAACUGUAGGCAAGAGUGCUCGCCAAUUCGUGGACAUGGUCAAGGACAAAGAUGAAGCGACCAUUCGCAAGAUCUGGACUGGUUUUCUCGAUGACUUGUUUGGUGGACCACAGAAAGGAGCCAAAGCAUGA